GCUUGGGGAGAGAGGGAACUGGGAGGGGGCGGUUCCCGCUCGGCCGCAGAGCCGGAUGUUGGCCUCUUAGCUGAGCUUUUUGACAGGCGUGGCGGAGGGAGUGGAGUCCGACUUCGCUUUCCCCUCAGGUUCUGUGGGCCAAGGCCACAGCGCAAACUGGCCAUGGACCCGCUCUCGGAGCUACAGGACGACCUGACACUGACCGACACUAGCCAGGCCCUGAACCAGCUCAAGCUGGCGUCCAUUGACGAGAGGAACUGGCCCUCGGAUGAGCUGCCCGACUUCCCUAAGUCAGAUGACUCCAAAAGCAGCUCCCCAGAGCCCGUGACGCACCUGAAGUGGGAUGACCCGUACUACGACAUCGCCCGGCACCAGAUAGUGGAGGUGGCAGGUGAUGACAAGUAUGGGCGGAAGAUCAUUGUGUUCAGUGCCUGCCGCAUGCCGCCGAGCCACCAGCUGGAUCACAGCAAGCUCUUGGGGUACCUGAAGCACACCCUGGACCAGUACGUGGAGAGUGACUACACGCUGCUCUACCUGCACCAUGGCCUCAGCAGUGACAACAAGCCGUCCCUCAGCUGGCUGCGUGACGCCUACCGAGAGUUCGACCGCAAGUACAAGAAAAACAUCAAGGCGCUGUACAUUGUGCACCCCACCAUGUUCAUCAAGACGCUGCUCAUCCUCUUCAAGCCCAUCAUCAGCUUCAAGUUUGGACAGAAAAUCUUCUACGUGAACUACCUGAGCGAGCUGAGCGAGCACGUGAAGCUGGAACAGCUGGGGAUCCCCCGCCAAGUGCUCAAGUACGACGACUUCCUCAGAUCUACCCAGAAGAGCCCUGCCACGGCCCCCAAGCCCAUGCCGCCUCGGCCGCCGCUGCCCAACCAACAGUUUGGGGUCUCGCUGCAGCAACUCCAGGAGAAGAGCCCUGAGCAGGACCCCAUCCCACUCGUGCUCCGGGACACUGUGGCUUACCUGCGGGCCCACGCUCUCGGCACCGAGGGCAUCUUCCGGAGGUCGGCCAACACCACGGUGGUGCGGGAGGUGCAGCAGAAGUACAACAUGGGACUGCCCGUGGACUUCGACCAGUACAACGAGCUACACCUCCCGGCUGUCAUCCUCAAGACCUUCCUGCGGGAGCUUCCUGAGCCCCUGCUCACCUUUGACCUCUACCCCCAUGUAGUGGGCUUCCUCAACAUCGAUGAGAGCCAGCGCGUGGAGGCAACGCAGCAGGCCCUGCGUGCGCUGCCGGCCGAGAACUACCAGGUGCUGCUCUUCCUGACCGCCUUCCUGGUGGAGGUCUCUGCCCAUUGUGAGCAGAACAAGAUGACCAAUACCAACCUGGCCGUGGUCUUCGGCCCCAAUCUGCUGUGGGCCAAGGAUGCAGCCAUCACCCUCAAGGCCAUCAAUCCUAUCAACACCUUCACCAAGUUCCUCCUGGACCACCAGGGGGCGCUAUUCCCGAGCCCCAACUGCCAGGGUCUCUGAGCCCCACCCCAGUCUGUCUCAGGAGAGCCCCAUUCUGGACUCUUCCUCUGAGCUUCAGGGGACCCUGAGCCCCGGGAGCUGGGAAGCUGGGCGGGCCAGCUGUGUUCCUCCUGCCCCCCGUCACCCAUCUCUGUCCUGGAUGCCUCACCGUGACCACAGGGCCUUGUUCUUCGCCUUAUACUUCUCACUGCCUCCUUGGGUCCCCGACUCCUGCUGGGCUCUGCAGCGCUGCCCCACCUGUCUUCCCUGGAAGGAGAACCAACUCCAAUCACUCCCUCCCUUAUUUCCCCUUUUGUCCAGGCACUGCCAGCUGGGCUGGACCUGCUCUUUCUCUUGGUCAAUGGAUGGCUGGAGUGGGGCCAGUGCCAUGGCACUUCUGGAUUGCUGUGCCUGGCUGCAAGCUCCUGAUUUGGUGGAAUUACCAGGCCCUGUGAUGGCUGCCCACCUCUCUGCGUCCACGUCCUAGAACAGCCUUUCCCCAGUGGGACUGUCCCUGCCCAGAGCUAGGUCUGGUGCCUCUAGUCUUGCCCAGCGCUGGUUCUGCCAGGACUGGCAUCUUGGAUGGAAGGGCAGUCCCAGAAGCCCUCUGAAAUAGGCAUUCCAGUCCC